UUGUUUUGUCGACUGCCCACCUAGCAGCAGGAAGAUGCACUUUGAGCCCUGCACAGACCAAACAAGCAUUUUACAAGAUUUCUGAUUUUAUUCACACCGUAGUUGUCUUUGAGUGAAUACAACAUGGAAAAAGAAAACCUGUCCGUGGUGUUGCAUUCCCAGGGUGACCUCAGACUGGAACAACGACCCAUCCCCGAACCAGGUCCAAAUGAGGUGUUGCUUCAGAUGCAUUCAGUUGGGAUCUGUGGGUCGGAUGUGCACUACUGGCAAAAUGGGCGCAUAGGUGACUUUGUGGUAAAGAAGCCCAUGGUGCUGGGGCAUGAGGCUGCUGGUCGGGUGGUGAAGGUGGGCUCAGCAGUGAAGAACCUCAAAGAAGGGGAUAGAGUUGCUGUAGAGCCAGGUGUCCCUCGCGAGAUGGAUGAGUUCUUCAAAUCAGGAAAAUACAAUCUUUCCCCCACCAUCUUCUUCUGUGCCACACCCCCUGAUGAUGGGAAUUUGUGCAGAUUUUACAAACACAGUGCCAACUUCUGUUACAAGUUGCCUGACAAUGUGACAUAUGAGGAGGGGGCCCUGAUUGAGCCCCUGUCUGUGGGUAUUCAUGCCUGCCGCAGAGCUGGAGUGACCCUGGGCAGCAGUGUACUGAUCUGUGGGGCAGGACCAAUUGGGCUGGUCUGUCUGCUGGUGGCCAAGGCUAUGGGUGCCUCACAGGUGGUCAUAUCUGACCUGUCAGCAGAUCGCCUGGUCAUGGCGAAAGAGCUGGGAGCUGACUUCCCUCUGACUGUGAAGAGAGAGGAUGGGCCUGAGGAGCUGGCAAAGAGAGUGGAGGGAAUGCUGGAAGCACAGCCUCAUAUCACCAUUGAGUGCACCGGUGUGGAGAGCAGUGUCCAAACUGCCAUUUAUGCUACACGUCCUGGAGGAGUGGUGGUUCUAGUGGGGUUGGGUGCAGCGAUGACCACUAUCCCACUGCUUAAUGCUGCUCUCAGAGAGGUGGACAUCAGAGGGGUCUUCCGCUACUGCAACACCUGGCCAAUGGCUAUAGCGAUGCUGGCCUCUAAGAAGGUGAACGUGGCGCCCCUGGUGACCCACCGGUUCCCCCUAGAGCAGGCUGUGCAGGCCUUCGAGACCACACGUCAGGGACAAGGGGUCAAAAUCAUGCUCAAGUGUGACAAGACUGACCAGAACCCCUAAGAGGACUGGAAA